AUUAUGUUUUCCUUUUCUUCUUCCUCCAAACAAUUUUCCCUCCCAUUUUCCUAGCCUUCGAGCUUUGCCUCCGAGAAAAUCAGUGCCUGUUCGAAAAUGGGAAAAUACUUUAAGAAAUCGAUGAUAGCUGGAGAAGCUGGUGUAAUGGAGGUCUCUCAACCAACCUCCUCGGGUGUCCGUACAAGGGCCGCUAAAACCCUAGCCUUGCAGAGGCUUAACUCCUGCUCUGCCUCCGCCUCCGCCGCCGCCGCCGCCGCAUCUCCGGCGGGUAAUCCAGACUGUUCCGCCGUCUUAGGUGGAUCCUUGUGCUAUCUCCAGCUCCGUAGCCGCCGUCUCGUGAAACCGCCGUUGCUGACCGAACCCAAGAAACAACAGAGGCAGCAGCAGCAGCAGCAGAGACACCAGGGGUCGGAUGUCAAGGGAAUCAAAGAUUUGAGUUCAAGGUCUCGUGUGGGUGGGGAGAAAUCGGGUACAUCAGAAUCGGGUUCGGUUCCUGCUAGUCGGAGCUGCGAUGGAGAUGAAUGUUUUGGCAAUUACGGUGGUGUUUCGGGCUAUGAAGGUGAUUCUGUGAACAAUGUUUUCCCUGGGACAGAGAGGGGAAAGGAAGCUAAUGCAGAAGCUUCAUUUGGAGAGAACGACAUGGGUUUUGAAACCGGAGACAGGAGCACCCGAGAGAGCACGCCAUGUAGCAUUGCAGGGGAGCUCCAUGCCAUUGUCACCCCGGGUCCUAGCACGAGGCAGAGGAGCACAGUGGCCUCGAUUUACAGAAAUGGGCGAGAAGACAAUACACAGAGAAUUGGCCCGACCACUCGUGAAUUGGAGGAGUUUUUUGUCUACGCAGAGGAACAACAACAUAGACUUUUCAUGGAGAAGUACAACUUCGAUGUUGUGAACGAUCUGCCUCUCCCUGGACGUUACGAAUGGGUACAGUUCGUUCCAUGAGCUCUUCCACCAUUAGAAGCACAAAGGGUCAUCAUCAUAACAGAAGAAGCUCCCAAAGAAUGUGAUUUAGGGAUCAGGUGGAUUAAAAGACUAACCAAACAUCAGAUUCCUUAGUCAGGAGGAAACUGAAGUAGUAAUAUGUGGUUAGAGAAACGCUGGAAAAGUAGCUUAGGGAUCUGGACCUCAUAAUCUCUGUACUAAUCCCCCUUCCGAGUUUAUAUAUAUACAAUUAUCUGGUGCUUCUGUAAUAGGUACAUGUAUAUAUUGAUGAGGGGAUGGUGAUGUUUCUGAGCAUGUUGAAGGGUUAGGUUUUACUGGUAAUGGGUCAUAUGAUGUCUUUGUUGAUAAACCCACAGAAAUCCGCAGGGCUCUCUCGCGUGUCCUUUGUUGUGUUUGUCGUUCAAUUUGCAUUGAAAUCUUCUGCGGUAUC